CCUCGGCGGCUCCAGGUGCGGCGGUGGGACCGGGGCCGCUGCCGGGCCGGGGCGGGUGGCCGGCACCAUGGCCGAGUCCCAGCUGAGCUGCCUGGACGAGGCCCACGUGAACGAGCGGGUGACCGAGGCGCAUGCCGCCUUCUACUACUGCGAGCGGCGGCGGGCGGCGCUGGAGGCGCUGCUGGGCGGCGGCGAGCGGGCCUACCGGGAGCGGGUCCAGCAGGAGCAGCUGCGGGACUUCUUGUCCAGCCAGGAGCGCCAGGCCCUCCGCGCCGCCUGGAGCCCCUACGAGGACCCCGCCCCCGCCGCCAGCACCACCUCCCGGGGCAAGAGCAAGGCCAAGGCCAAGGCCCCGCCGCCGGCCUCCGCCGACCCCAGGGAGUCCCUGGCCUACUGGCCCGACCGCUCCGACACCGAGGUGCCCCCGCUGGACCUGGGCUGGACCAACACCGGCUUUUACCGCGGCGUGAGUCGCGUCACCCUCUUCACCCACCCCCCCAAGGAGGAGAAAGCACCCCACCUCAAGCAGGUGAUCAGGCAGAUGAUCCAACAGGCCCAGAAGGUCAUUGCCGUGGUCAUGGACCUCUUCACCGAUGGCGAUAUCUUCCAAGACAUUGUGGACGCUGCCUCGAAGCGCCGGGUGCCCGUGUACAUCAUCCUGGAUGAGUCGGGCGUGAAGUAUUUCCUGGAGAUGUGUCGGGGCCUGGAGCUCACGGACUACCGUAUUCGGAACAUCCGUGUCCGCUCUGUGACGGGCGUUGGCUUCUACAUGCCCAUGGGGAAGAUCAAAGGGACCCUGUCAUCGAAGUUCUUAAUGGUAGAUGGUGACAAAGUAGCCACGGGAUCUUACAGGUUCACCUGGAGCUCCUCUUACGUGGACAGGAACCUCCUCCUCCUCCUGACGGGGCAGAACGUGGAGCCCUUCGACGUGGAGUUCCGGGAACUGUACGCCAUCUCCGAGGAGGUGAGCUUGUACCAGCAGCUGGGCCUGGCAGGGGGGGCCGGCAUCUUCGGCCCUUACUCCUCCACCGUGGCUCGCAAGCUCAUCAACCCCAAGUACGCCCUGGUGUCCGGGAGCCGCCACCCGCCGGGCGAGAUGAUGCGCUGGGCUGCCCGGCAGCAGCGGGAGGCCGGCGGCAGCCCCGAGGGGCAGGAGGAGGGCAGCAGAGGCGGCGAGGCGGCCCAGCGCCUGGAGAACUUCCUGAACGACCUGGUCACGCUGGAGCAGGUGCCGCCCCCCGUGGAGCCCGUGCCCUCGGGAGAGCUGAGUCGGAAGGUUGGCAGGGUGGUCUCUCCCCUGCACGUGGACCUAAAGGCCCGGGAGGCUCUGGCCCGGAAUGGCAAGGGCGAAGCGCUCAACGGGGACGCCGCCCAGGCCAAGGAGGGCAAGCGCUUGAGCUACAGGCUCUUCGGCCGCCGGGCCAAGAGGCCCGCAGCGCCCAACGGCAUGGCCAGCUCCCUCUCCACGGAGAACUUCGCCGAAGUGGAGUUUAAGGGGAAGAGGCCCAACGACGGCUCCGGUGCCCACGCCUCAGGUAAAUCAAGUCCCAGUCCUGCCAAGUCCAGCAAUUGCGUGAUUUCCUGAGCCGCGGGCCAGUGGUGGGCAGGACCUGGAUGCCCCGCCGCCCCGUCCUGUGGCGAACACAGGUCAAACCCUGCACCAGUUUGCACAUCGGACCCCUACUGUCCUGCCCAGCAGCCUCCAUCCUGGCCUCAGGGACCCUGCACCCCAGAUGUGAGGAUCUGCCACCUCUCGAGGCGGCCACGCGCCUCCACACGACUAGGGGUGUCUGGGCAGGGGGCGCUCUUCCUUGUUUACAUGAAGUGGAAGCUUGA